ACGAACAUCCAAAGAAGCAUGAUAGUAAAGAUCUCUCAACAGGAUCGACCUUUGAAUUACUUCCAAAGCAGCAGACUUCCACAACGCCCAAGUUACCCGACUCUCACCCCGUUCUUCAUCAACGCCAAUUGCAUCUAACCUGA